AUGGCGGCGGGGGGUCAGCCAUAUUGUGCCCCCGAGCGGCGCAUGCGCACUAGGGGAGGGUCCCGCAGGCUCGAGCCACAAACGCCAGAAAAGCACGCGAAACCCCGCUGCUCGCGAGCUUUUUUACCUCUAGCCCUGGGUGUCAAUAGCCACAUUAACCUAGGUGCUGGUAACACGAAUGGUAUUAAGGAAACAGAAGACAUGAAGCACCGUGAGCGAGUGUCUCCGUCACGCGGGGAGAGUGUAGGACUCUCUGUGGUCGCCUCCCAGGGGUGCGGAGGUGAGGUGUGUGAGGGCUGCCACGACGUCAUCGUCGACCGCUUCCUUCUGAGGGUCAACUCCCGCUCGUGGCACCAGACCUGCCUGAGGUGCUGCGUCUGUCAGCUGGCCCUCGACCGCCAACCUUCCUGCUUCAUCCGCGAACACAACGUUUACUGCAAGACUGACUACACCAGAAACUUCGGUGCGCGGUGCGCUAAAUGUUGCCGCAGCAUUGGUGCAGCUGACUGGGUGCGGCGAGCGCGGGACCGUGUCUACCAUCUCGCCUGCUUCGCGUGUGACGCCUGCAAGCGGCAACUCAGCACAGGUGAAGAGUUUGCUCUACACGACAACCGUGUCCUCUGUAAACAACACUACCUAGAAUCCAUCGAGGGUGGCGCUACCAGCAAUGACGAGAACACGGACGGAGAGGGAAGCCAACGCAAGAGCAAACGAGUACGGACGACUUUCACGGACGAGCAGCUUCAGGUCCUACAGGCGAAUUUCCAGAUCGAUUCCAACCCCGACAGUCAGGAUCUGGAACGUAUCGCACAGCUGACGGGCUUGAGCAAAAGGGUCACCCAAGUAUGGUUCCAGAAUUCUCGGGCGCGGCAGAAGAAGCACAUGUCCUCCAAGAAGCACCAGCAAGGUCUGGACCGAGCGCUGCAGGACAUGAACGGCUCCUUGGCGAGGACUAUCGACCUGCACUUCAUGUACUCCUUCCGGCCACAGAGUGUUGAACCCGAUGACUCAUCAUCGCCAGAAACUCCCAUCAUGACCAUGAUGCACGGCGAGGUGUGACGUCACGCGAGUGGGUGAUACUCAUCUCUGAGAUGUCAUACUUUCCACAACGUUGGUGCACAUACUAUAUCAAUAAUAUUUACCAACAAAAUAUGUAAAAUCGAUCAGUGUAAUAUCUUACACUGGUACGGUUUGACCGGUAAUUUGUCCUCUGUAACUACUACCAUCAGUGUAAUAUCCUACAUUGGUACAUUUGGCUGGUACUUCGUCCCACUGUAACUAUUUCUGCCCAUCAAUGUAUUGCUCUACAUUGGUACAGUUUGGCCGGUAGUUCGUCCCUGUAACUACUACAUUUACCAGUUAAGUCAGGUGAUCAAAUACUGAUAUUGAAUUUUUUUUCUUUUUAUUAAAAUUGUCCAAAGAUGUCAGACAGAUUUGUGCUACAAACUUGCUUCUGGAUGAAGCCUCUGUAAAUAUGGUUCUCUGAUAGGCAGAAAUGCUGGUAAGGAGUAGUAUUCUCAAAGUUCAAUUCCAGAUAAGAUUCUUUACAUAUACUGGAAAUUUGGUGAUUCAAGAGUUGAUCAAGAAUUGAUAAAGAGUCUAAGGUGCUUUUCUACAAAAGAUUUAAUUAUCUUAUUUAAUUAUAUCGCUAGUAUUCACAGUGUUGUUCUUCAUGUUAUUGUGGGUUUAUAAAGUACAGUCAAUUUCACAAGUAUCCGGUUGAUCACUGACACUUAACAGACAUUCCAUGAGUAAUUAUCAUCAUCACAAUCAUCAUCAUCAUCAUCAUAAAGUAAUAAUGUUUGUAGGUGUAGGCAUGUCGGAUCAAAUCUAUGUCUUUCAGUGUUUAAAUGUUGUGCUGGAGAGUUGCCAAGCAGUCUUUUAAUGCAUAACUGAAGGGGUUGGACUUAUAACUGGAUACAAUAAUAUCACAAUUAAGAGCUAUAUGCUGGUUUUAAUUCUGCAUCUGCCUCACGUGUAAUUAUUUGAUUUACCUCUUAUGAGUUUGACUUUAUAUUAAUUAAAAUUAAAAUAUUUGUUCGGAUUCUCAGUACAGUAUUCCUUGAACAUCAAACAUAAAAAAAUGCAAAUUUUCUGCACUUUGUUUUUGUAUCAUAAAAUUCAAUUAUAGUUUGAUUUGUUGCCAAGAAUGAGAGAUACGGAACUAUAUUUUCAAAAAUAUUUCGACCAAACCAUAUUAAAUUCAUAUUUGUAAAUUUAUCCUAAUUCUAAAGGUAAGAAUAUUCUGUACCUAUUACCAUUGUAUGUCAUCUAAAACUACUACAUGUAUUUCCCAUUCUCUGUUUUUGUCCAGUACUCUGUUAUGCUUACAAAGAGAUUUCUUUCUUUUUCUCAUUGACGGCAAACGCUUUACUUGUGACUGAUCAACCAACAAGCAGAAUUCUUCAGUGAGUGGCUCAAAUACUGAUGCAAUACAGUAUCUGAAAAUUAUCUGUUUUCAACUCCAUUUUGAAGAGAUACUGUACUGUACUCUCAAUUCAUAUAUGGAAUAGAGAGAGCAAAGGAUUAUUGCUGAAGAAAUUAUAAACAGUGAACUCCUUAAAUUAAUGGAAAGCUAUUUCUGUACUUCAGGAGUUUUCUUAUACUGCACUGGUAUCAAGUGAUCGUGAAAACAACAGUUUUGCAAUUCAGUUUGAUAUCAGUAAUGUAAGAUAAAUUACAGUAUGUAGAAAUAUCAAAUGCUGCUCUAUGAUACUGCUGCAACCCCUUCAACAUAAUUGCGGUGAUUAUUUAAUUUCUUGUAAUAUAGAACCUUUGUCAUGUUGUCAUGUCUAAUUGUUAUUAGUAAAUUAAGUUGAGAUAAAGGGGAGAGGGAGAUAUAAGGUUGUGCUAUAAACAAUAGGAUCUCCAAUAUAAUGUCUAACUAUUUAUUUAUUAAGGAAGAGGAUUCGAUUCCUUUAUUCAUAAAAGGAAUUUGUUUAUCCUGCGCAUCUAGUUCAGCUAAGCCAAAGAAAAUCAUAAUAAAUUGUAUGCUUCAACAGCCUCUCACAUCAGUACAUACUUGAAAUGGCUUUUUAACAAUUAUAACAUUCUAGGAUUUCCAAAUGUACAGCUAACACACGUAACUAACAUGUAUUUUUUUCUUUCCUGUAACUGUCUCACACAGCAUACAUCAAAAUUAACGAUACAGAGCUCCAAGACUUGUAUAUGAUGUAUGGUAGAUGGGAUUUUCACUUUCUUUCCCUUCACAUUUACUAUAAAAGCAACUGACCAUAGAUGCUUAUGAUAUCAGUACACAUAAAACAACUCUCAUUUUGUUUUAUAUCAAACGUUAUGUAAGUAAUAGCUCUUGCAUGUGGUUUGUCUACUCAAGAGAUUAUGUUCACUGUCUUAUGAAUGUACAAUAGACUGUACGCUUGUCGAAUGAAUUCAAGAAAAUAGGUGUCCAAUGGUUUUAGGAUCCAGUGUAUAGACGCACAAUUCCGUUCCUUCAACAGAUUUAUUCCUAGUCAUGUGUACUGUAUGAUUUAAAAACAACACUCCCAAACAUAACGAAUUUCAUUUAAUAAAAAAGUUCAGGUGUACUUUAUGAUACAUACAUGUAAAUAACUUUAUAAAUUGUUGGUACAGGUGCAGUAGUAUACAUCAGCAUUCAUAACACUUUUGCUUGAGAUGUUAUAUUACUGACACAAAUAGAUGUAUCUGUACAGUACAUAUCCUUUCCGUUUGGAAGUGUUGAUUUUAUAUUAUAAUGAGACUGAUCAUUUAUAAAAAAAUAGAGAAUACUUGAUAAUUGGCUCCGUUGUGUACGUUAUAUGAAUCUCCUCUUAUACAAGUCCCAAGUAUUACAAUGUCCUCAUGUCUGUGAUUGUCAGCCAUCAACAGAAUCACGGGCCCAUGCGGCAGUAGUGUUAUGGCUGAAUACCCAAAGUAUCCUUACUCAUAUCUUUUACUUGGGAUUAUUUUUCCAAUUGCAAUGAAUAACUUAUUUAUUUUAGUCCCACUCCAUACAGAUACAACAAACUUGUGUAAUAAAAUUUAUU